AUUGUGGACAAAUUAAGCAUUUACGAGUGUUAAGUGAUAUUUAUUUUUAUUUCGAAACCUAAUUCAGGCGAAACAAGCAAGAAGCACAGACGCCUGCACUAUGAGAUUAACACAUCAUUUGGCUUUUAUGGCCGCCAUACUGCUGGCAGGCUCUGCUCUCAGCAACGCUGAGGAAUCAACUUGGGGUGGCGGCUGGGAACCCACGAAGGAGUCAAUGCUCAGCAGACGCUCAGCGGAGUCUGAGAAAACAGAUGCCGCUGCAGUGCAGCCCGUAGAGGUACAGGGUCGUAAUUAUGGUGUGCAUGAAGCGAUCUACAGCAACGACACGAAUACCGACAUCAAUGCCAUUAUCGAUCAAAUUAUCAAUUCACGACGCGAAGGACGUAUUUUAGGCGAUUACGAUCAAGUGUAUGCCGAUGGUAAUAUCGAUCAAGCGCUGCAACAAGGUGACGAUUUGCAAGCACGCAAUCUUAUACGCGAUAAGCUUUGCGGACUGGGUUUAAUGAGUUGUGAUGUUGAAGAGAAGCGUCCUUACUACUCAACCAUCUACGCACAAGGUCCACCACCAUCAUCAUUUGGUGGCGGUCCAUAUGGACCGGCCAGACCUAUGCCACCACCCGGUCACUUCAACAGCCGUCCUCCACCACCACCCCCAUCGUCUUUGAACUCUUUUGGACCACCACGUAAGGUAGGUUAUGAAGGCGCUUACAAACCACCUUUCCGUCCGUCGGGUCCUGGCGGUCCGGUAUAUAACGGCCCAUAUUUGGAAAAUCCACCACCAUCCGCAAUUGGCACGACAGGUCCAAACACCUUUAACAAACCUCCACCUGGCGCUAUUAUUUAUGGCAGUAAACCACCAGGCCCAGUAUAUACUGGUAAUUCCGAUGCACCACCACCACCGUAUGCCUUUGAAAAUCCUAUCGGUGAGAAAAUUCAGGCUUCUGGUUCCUCCCAAACAAAUUUCUAUGCACAUCAAUCAUCUUCGGCCUCUUCAGCUUCGUCUUCGAAAGUAGUUGUUGGUAACUUGAAUGCCAUACCAGUGUCAGCGCCUGCCGGUGGCUUGCAGCAGCAUGUACACCACCAUUUCCACCAUGUCGAGGGCGGUGAAGCUAGCGCUAAGGUGCCUACAGUACCCAUACCAAUUGGCGCUGGCCAAUCGAUCAACACCGACUUUUCGGCUCUUGCACAAUCAUCGGCUUCCUUCACACCACAAACACAAGGUGGCUUCACCGAAUCGAAUGCAUUUAAUGCCGGCUAUAAUGGUGCAUCACAAGGUGGUUUGCUCUCACAGGCGGUAGCUAACAGUUUCGGCAACUACGAGAAACCCAACACUGACCUUUACAAACCUACAGGAGGUUUAGGUAGCUUUGGUAAUAGCGGAUUUGCGCAAUCAUCCAAUUUCGGCCAAUCGAGCAAUUUUGGACAAUCCAACAACUUCGGACAGGCCAGCGGCAGCUACCACAGUCAGAAUCCCGACUAUUAUAAGAAAGAGUUACAAAACUUUGGCGGCAUUGGUACUUCGGCCGGUUACAACGGCAUCGGCAACAGUUUGGGUGGUCAAUACCAAGGUGGAUAUGAUACGUCACGUCAACAAAUCGUGGAUUGUCAGUGUGUGCCAUUUAAUCAAUGCCCUGCUGCCGAUCGUAUUGGACGUAAAGAAGAUUUGAUUUUAGCCAUCGAUCCGCGUAAUUUGGGUAAAGACAUUGAAGCUCUGGGUGAUGAAACUGCAACAAAUGCGACCGUUAGCGCAACUGAGGAUAAAAAGGAAGAAAAGAAAGAACAGAAAGAUGAGGAGAGUAAACGCAGCAAACGUCAGGCGACGGCCGAAGAUAAACAGUCCGAUGAUGGUGCAGCCGAUCUACCGCUGGAUGCUGAAGGGCGCGCUUAUUAUGGCAAUCGUCCAGUUGAGAAGACUUGCCGCGUCAACGAAGUCUGCUGCCGUCGUCCAUUACGUCCAGCCCCACAACAACAACUUGGUCGCUGUGGUACACGCAACGCUGCUGGCAUCACUGGCCGUAUCAAGAACCCAUCAUACAUCGAUGGCGACAGUGAGUUCGGCGAAUAUCCAUGGCACGUGGCCAUCUUAAAGAAGGAUCCCAAAGAAUCGAUUUACGCUUGCGGCGGCACACUGAUCGAUGCACAACACGUAAUCACUGCGGCUCAUUGCAUUAAAUCGCAAAACGGUUUCGACUUGCGCGCUCGUCUAGGUGAAUGGGAUGUUAACCACGAUGUCGAAUUCUUCCCAUACAUCGAACGUGAUGUGGUCUCAGUACAUAUUCAUCCCGAAUACUACGCUGGUACUUUGGACAAUGAUUUGGCCCUACUGAAACUGGAUCAUCCCGUUGACUUCACCAAGAACCCACACAUCAGUCCAGCUUGUUUGCCUGACAAAUUUUCCGACUUCACCGGCUCCCGCUGCUGGACCACUGGCUGGGGUAAAGAUGCUUUCGGCGAUCACGGCAAAUACCAGAAUAUUCUGAAAGAGGUCGAUGUUCCAAUUUUGUCUCAUCACCAAUGCGAAUCGCAAUUGCGUCAAACUCGUCUCGGCUACAAUUACAAACUCAAUCCCGGUUUCGUUUGCGCUGGCGGCGAAGAGGGCAAGGAUGCAUGCAAAGGUGACGGUGGCGGCCCAUUGGUGUGCGAACGCAACGGCAUCUGGAAUGUGGUCGGUGUUGUGUCCUGGGGCAUCGGUUGCGGUCAAGCCAAUGUGCCCGGUGUGUAUGUGCGCGUUUCGCACUACUUGGACUGGAUUCGCCAAAUUACGCAAUACUAUAAAUGA